GGCUCCGCCCCCUUCUCCGGGGUUUGCAUCCUUCCUAUCGGCCACGUCAGCCUGGAGCCCGGUUCCAGCUGUAGCUUUUCCAGGGGAGGGGGGCGGGAUUGGGAGGGGGGAAGUAGCGAUCCCCUCCCCUAAAACUAGGACCCUCCUUUUGCCCCAACCAGGAUGGUCUUGCUUACGAUGAUAAGCCGGGUCCAAGAUGCACUUCUCUUAGCGGCUUCUAUGCAAGAAACGGAGCAGUCGAACCGGAACUUCCAAGAAUAUCACAACCAAGCAAAACAACUUUUUCGGAAGCUUGGGGACCAUUCACCAAACCGCUGUUCUUUGCAAGCUGGACCAAUGACUUUCCAUUACCUGAUCAGCCAAGGCAUUUGCUACUUGACGCUGUGCGAAGCGGCCUACUCGAAGAAGCUGGCGUUCGCCUUCCUGGAGGAGCUGCAAGCAGAAUUCUGGGAGCUGUAUGGGAAGAAGGUGUCCUCUGUGUCACGGCCUUAUGCCUUCAUUGAGUUUGACAUCUAUAUCCAGAAGCUGAAGAAAUCCUACCUGGACACCUGGUCAAAGCGCCACCUGAGCCACAUCAACCUGGAGUUACAGGAUGUUCAGAAGAUCAUGGUCACCAACAUUGAAGAGGUGCUCCAACGUGGGGAGGCCUUAUCAGCUCUGGAUUCCAAGGCCAGCAACUUGUCAACUCUCUCCAAGAAAUACCGCCAGGAUGCCAAACUCCUCAGCAGCCGUUCCGCUUAUGCCAAAGCUGCUGCCACCAGUUUCAUCUUCGUGGUACUUAUGAUCUACAUACGCUUUUGGUGGCUGGUGUGACUUGUCUACGGUGCCUUUCUUUUCUCCCUUCCCCCCUCCCCCUCCCCCUGCCCACAUCUCUUUGGUCCUGCCUCAUAUGGGACCUGUGAAAAAAGGAGUGUGUGUUUGGGUCCCCCCCUUUCAGCCUCAUCCAAGGAAGAAUUGAGACCAGCAGCGCCACCUGUGGGGGAAAUGUAAACGGAACUUGUUAUGAAGAGGUUAUUUUUUUCACCAUGGCACUGUUUGCCACCUUGUGUUUAAAACUGGAAUGACAAUCAGAAGUUAACACAGUGACUAUAAUUGCUAAAAGUGUUUUUUUUUGCUUUUAAUGUGUAAAGAAAAGUUCUACAGUUUCCUUUGUCUUUUUAAUAAAGGGGGGGGAGGCACAUCCCUUAACAGAGGUGUGGAGAACCUUUGGCCUUCCAGAUGUUGAACUAGCUGCCAUCAUUCCUGACCAUUGGCCAUGCUGGUUGAAGCUGGUCAGAACUGGUCCACUUUCACACCAAACAUUUAUUUCACUAUUACUCCACUUUAAGCAGUCAUGGCUUCCCCCAAAGAAUCCUAGGAAGGGUUGUUUGUGAAGGGUGUUGUGAGGAGACCCCCUGUUCUCCUCACAGAGCUACAAUUCCCAGAAUUCUCUGGGAAGAGGAACUGACUUUUAAAUCACUCUGGGAAUUGUCGCUUUGUGAGGGGAAGAAUGGUCUCCAAACAACUCUCAAUGAUCCUUCCCAGGAUUCUUUGGGGGAAGCCAUAACUGUUUAAAGUGGACUAAUAGUGGAAUAAAUGUGAAUGUGGUCUUGGGAGUCCCAACAACAUCUGGCAAUGUCUGGGGGGCCCACAGGUUCCUUGCACCUGCCUUGGCAGAUCAUAAGAACCAUCUUCUUACACACAUACACAUUCUGUGACACCUUAAAAAUGAACAAAAAUAGUGUCCUCAAGUGUUGUUGCACUCCCAAAUUCCCAUAAGCCUUAGCCAGGAUGGCCAAUAGCCAGGGAUGAUGGGAACUGUAGUCCAGUGACAUCUGGAGGGCCUCAGGUGUCCACAUCCUUGCUGUAGAGCUGUGAGUGCUGUGUUAAAUGGAGUUGUUAAAGAUGCAGGAACCCUCUUUUGAAAAAAAGAUGGGAGUCUGGAGCUUAAUCCUUCCAAGACAAUUAGUGAUGCAUGGUGGGGUUGGUGCUUUAGUUAAAUAUCAUGGUGCUUUUUCACUAAAUGUUAUUUUUGAUGAAACCAGAAGCAGAUGAGUUGUUCAUAAAAAAGGGUCUUAAAAAUAAAACAAAACCCAAAACGUUAUUCAGGCAAUAAUUCAAUUCAGGCAGUGAAAAAUUUGUGAUUAUUUUAUUGCUGUUCUUUUCAAAUAUGCAGGGCUUCAAUCCCAGUUCUCAGCAGAAGCCAGUCCAGAAUACUAUUUUCAGUCCCUAAGUAUGUGAAUUGAUGGUACAAGGGGAGUGUCUUUGAGCAUGUGCAGAGAGUAGGGGAGCUACCUUUUUAUUGGUCUUUAACAGGAGCCUGCCACACAAAGUUAGCGGGUAAUCAGUGCUUGGAAUGAACUAGUUUGGUUGAACAAAUUUACUGAAUUAGUUCAAAAGUCUCUCAACUACACCUGAAAGUAGUUUCCUUCAUUGGCGGGUGAGCUGAAGGUGAAUUAAGUUCCUUUUAGGAUAGCAUUUUGAAUUAUUUCUAGUUCACUUUCAAGUUCAUUCUUUUACAUUUUUUUUUGUUCUUUAGACUCUUUGGGCUGUAAAGCUUAAAGAUCAUAAUUAUUGGGGUGAAAUAAAUUAAGCAAUUAACAUUC